CAUGCGCAAUUACGGUAGUUUAUCGAGUGAAGAAGUGAAGUGAAACCAAACCCAAGCAGAAGGUCUGGAUAUUUACUUUGUACGUUUUGAUUAUCACCUUUUACAAGUACUAGUCAAGCCCAAUUGGUGUUAUUGUAAAAUUAUGAUCAAACGACAUGUCGCAGUAUAAACCUCUUUUUAAUCAGAGAAGUGAUGAUGAUGAAUUUGGUUCUGGAGCUGGAGGGAGCGGACCAGCACUCCCGAUACCGGGUGGUCCGGCCUUUACUCGCGGGAACGUUUCCCGUACUGGUGCGGCUGAGUAUACGCUGUACAAAAGAAGGUGGCUUGUUGUUGCAGUCCUCGCAUUUGUGAACAUUUCAAGCGCCCUGACAUGGAUUACCUUUGCCCCGAUCGCUAAUUAUGCUGCUGUGUACCUUAAUACAACAGAUGCCAAUGUCAACUGGCUGUCGACUAUCUACAUGGUCACCACUCCAUUUGGAUUUGUUGCUGUGUGGUUAUUAGACAGCUAUGGUCUUGCACCAGUCAUCAUCCUUGGUGCUUGUUGUAACACUGUUGGCAUCGUCAUCCGCUAUGUAUCAGUAUUCAGCUUCUUCAGCAACUAUCGAUACCUGGUCGUGAUGGUAGGCCAAGGCCUGGCAUCGUUGGCCCAACCUUGUUUCCUUUUCACCCCCACCAAGGUGGCGGCUGUCUGGUUCCCAGAGGGCCAGAGGACCACUGCAAACACUGUAGGAUCUACGUCCAACCCCCUGGGAAUCCUCAUCGGCAUGCUCCUCUCGUCGAUGCUUGUCAAGGAGCCGGAUGACUUGAAGUUUUUGUUGUUGGUAUACAUGAUACCUGGUAUUGUAAGUGGGGUGCUAGCAGUGGUUGUCAUGUGCUACUGUAAGAAUGCCCCGCCCACUCCGCCUAGUGCAAGUGCAGCGUCCCAUCAUUCAUCUUUCUUCUCAGGUCUAAAACAGAUCAUACGCAUCAAAGCCUUCUGGGUCCUAUUUAUUGUCUUUGGUGCUGGACUAGCAGUUUUUAACUCCAUCAUAACUAUUAUAGAGGAGGUUUUAUGCCCUGUUGGCUACAGUGACAAUUUCUCAGGCGUAUGUGGGGCUGUCCUCAUUGGCAGUGGCAUCGUGGGAGCGUUUGUAUCCGGGUUGUACGUUGAUAGGACAAAGAAGUUUGCUCUCGUUGCUAAGGUCUCCUUUUCCCUCUGUGCUGUGUGUAUAGUAGCUCUAUCAGUGAUAACAAGAUAUCCCAAUAUACCUGCAGCUAUUGUUGGUGUGUGUGCAGUUGUAGGCUUCUUUGGUUUUGCCCAGUUCCCAGUCUCCUUAGAACUAGGCGUAGAAGCAACAUAUCCGGUGUCUGAGGGUACAAGUGCAGGGUUCCUCAUCAUGUCUGGUCAGGUUCAAGGUUUCCUGCUCAUGUUAGCUGCUGAAUGGUUAGCCAGACCUCUGACAUCCCAAGAACAACUCUCAAACUCCUGCAAGGUGCCACAUACAGUGCCUUCUGCCACCGUGGCGUCUAUGUUCCUAGAUGAUUCAGGAAUAAUGGAGGACCUAUAUGUUGGUGAUGCAGUAUCCCAAGACAUGACUGUGACAAUGCUGUUUUUUGCUGGCUACGCUUCCCUCGCUGCCAUCAUCUACGUCCUCGGGUUCCACACCAGGUACAAGCGCUUGCGAUCUGAGCAUUGCAACGCUGCGGACGCCAUCCUCAACUUCAGCAGACACCAUUCCGGCAGCAACACGCAGAACGUGAUUUACUGAACAACUCAAGAACAUGUUUCCUAGACGAGCCCUGUAUGCUUGGUACUACUGAAUUCUGUCCUUGCCAUCUUGGGUAGUGUUCUUGAAGCACCUUGUAAAGGUCACUGCACACCUUAUGACUGGUCCACGAUCCAAUUUUAGAACAAACUGCAUUUUGCUCAUUUUCUGAGAAUGAGAAUGAAAAGUACCUUUAUAGUUGAGGUUCAAAUCGACUGUAAGAAUACCAAUAUAACAAAUCUGGAUGAUAGCAAGCCUUUAUUUUUGGGUAAAGGCCAAGUUAAUUUCAAAGCAUAGCCAAUUGUACAAUUGCUAUGACGUUAUUACGACUGGACAUUCAAUUUGCUUUUAUUCUAAGGAUGAUAGCAUAAUCACAGAUUUGAACAUAGGUAUUCGUACGAUGAUUCAGAACAUUACACGGUAAGAUAUUCCAGGUCUCAAUAUGAGCAUCAGUUUCUGUGUUUAUUUUUCAAAAUCGGGUCACAGACCAAUCGUAAGGUGUUCUGCGGCCUUUAGUGAAUUUACUGAUCUGAGCCAAUGAGAUGCAAGGAUUCAGUAGCUUAUAACAAAUAGUGAAAAUCACUGGACUAUUUGUUUCAUGAACUACUUCCCGGAUGUAUACACAUCUGUGUAAUUUGGGAAAAUACCUGUUAUUUUCUGAUUUUGUAUUCUACCAUCAGAAUGGAUGUUGUCUUGCUCUAUGCUAUGGGAAUAAAAAUGUGUCGUGUGCUUCUAGUGGGUGUUUCAUAAAGCUGUUCCUAAGAUACAAAUGACUUUACGCAAGACUGGAGAUCCUUUCUUGUGCUAUGUGAUAUCCCUAUGUAAUUUAUUCAUGACCUAAGAACGAUAACAAAUACCUGGGUCCCGUUGUAUAGAGACUUAUGCCCUUUUCACACGGUAAAAAAAAUUGUAAUUUAAUGAUGAUUCCAGUGAAAAAUAAGGCUAAUGAC